CGCAAGCAACCUAACAAACAGAAUAAGCACAUGUGCAACUAUCCGCAUUGCGGCUGGAGUUUUAAAAGAUACGAACAUCUUAAACGCCAUAUGCUCGUUCACACUGGUGAAAGAAGACAUGUGUGCCCUUACCCUGGUUGUGGCAAACGAUUCAGCCGAUCCGAUAAUUUUCACGCCCACUACCGUACUCAUGCAAAAAAG